AUGGCAGACUUCGUCAAGGGUCUCUUCGGUGGCCAAAAGCCUGUCCAGGCUCCAGUUGUUGGUGAUGAUGACUUCGCCGACUACGCAGGUGCUCCUGAGCCCACACCCGCUGCCAUCUCGUCCUUCACGACCGGUGCCGGUGCAGCGCAAGCCGCUCCUACAGGCCUCGGCGACAACCGGCCCUAUACAGCAUGGUACCGGGUGUGGGAGCGCACCACCAUGGACGACUUCAAGCUGGAGAUGUACAUCCUGCCAUUCCUCGUUGCUCUCAUCGCGGUCCACCUCUGGGGCACCAAGCGCAACCGCAGCAAGGCCAAGGCAUGGAUGAAGGCCCACGCCCCUGUCCUGACCCAAGAGUUCGCCCAAGUCGGCUACACACGCCCAGACGGAGAGGGAGCGGUUGCAGAUGUGGACAGCAUGCUCAAGGAGAAGAAGGCCGACGAGUACCAGACCUACGCGACUGGACGCCAGAACGUUGCCUUCGUCGACUUCAGGCUGAGCUUCUACAAGCGCGCCAACCCCUUCAUGUGGCUGGGAGAGAGCGUGCUCCCCUUGUUCUUCGAAAGUUUCCCUGCACCCAGCGAGCGUCUCGAGGCUACGGCUUACGUUUUCGAUGGCCGGGAGACUAAGUUCGCUCCUUCGUACGGUCAGGCCGACGCGAAGAAGGUCACCAACAGCUCCUUUGACGGCUUCGUCUUCGCCAUUGUACACAAGGAUAUCAUGAAGCGCAUGCGCGACGAGCGCUACGACUUGUCUCUGACCAGCACGCGCGACCACGCCAAGUUGCCUGUCUGGGUCACUGUCAUGAGCGAGAGCGCUGAGGUUACUGAUAUGCUGCUCACACCCGAGCUCAUCAAGGCCGUCAACGACGCCGGAGACAGCUUCGAGGCCAUCAUCGUCAGCGACCAGCCCAUCAACGCGCCCAGGACUCUCGACGAAACCAAGCCUAAGAAGCGCCUCAGCCUCUCCCUGAAAUUCGCCUCGGACUACUCCACCACCAUGCCCAUCUUCCAAUACUUCCUCCGUCUUACUGACCAGCUUGCCUCCCAUGGCCACUUCCGCCCCGAAGCCCUCCGCCGCAUCAAGCAGACCCGUGACGAGCAGAUCGCUAAGAUCAAGAAGGCCGAUGAUGAGGAGAAGGCCGAGGAGAGGAAGCUUUCGCUUGACAAGGCAAAGAAGGAGAUGAGAGACGCCAAGCUGGGUCGUCUCAGCGCCGACGAGCAGCGCAAGUUCCUUGAAAAGGAGCGGGAGAAGAACGCAAGGAAGGGUAUGAAGAGGAGUACCGUCAAGGCAUAG